AUGGUGUGCGAUGCAUGCCAAAAGAAAUUGACGAAGAUUGUCGGUGUUGAUCCAUAUCGCAACAAGGCCCAUAAUAAGUUAACUGGAGUCCAAAAACGACCACCAACAAACCAAAAUAGGUUACUCGGAAGUGAGAAGAAAGCCAGUGUAAUGAAUUUGAAGUGCAAGAUAUGUAAGUGUUCCAUUCAUCAAGUUGGUUCGCAUUAUUGUCAAACAUGUGCGUAUCAAAAAGGAAUUUGUGCGAUGUGUGGCAAAAGGAUUCUUAAUACCUCUGGCUUGCGGCAAAGUACUGUUUGA